AUGGAAAAAUGUAGCUUUUUCCGUAAAACAGGAGCAUGUCGAUAUGGUUUUCUUUGUUCUCGUCUUCAUCAAUAUCCAAGUCCAUAUGACGAUACUAUUGAAUCGUUCAAUAUUGCUGAUGAUCAAGAUGUUGGUGGCUUAGACGAACCAAUAGAUAAUUCUUGUUUAGUUUUACAAAUUCCUAAAAUGUUCACACACUAUCAUUUAGAUUUAACAAAAAAUACCGGUUCAGAGGAUCAAGAUUCUGGUCUUGAAGUAGAUGAAAGUCAGUUACUCUCAGAUUAUCAUGAAUUCUACCAUGAUGUUCGUAUGGAAUUAGAAUCUAGAUGGGGCAAAAUUUCAGUGAUUCGAACAUGUCGUAAUUUAGCUGAUCAUCUUCGUGGUGCAGUUUAUGUUGAAUUCUCAAGGGGUCCAAGUGCAGCAUGGGAUGCUGCUGAAGCUUGCAAUGGUCGUUGGUUUGCUGGACGUCAACUAACGUGUACUGUGGUUAGAUUGGGCGGUGGUUGGAGAGAGGCUAUUUGUGGUCUUUAUCAUCGAGGUAAAUGUCCUAAAGGAGACCUUCAUUGUAAUUUUCUACAUGUAUUUCUUAACCCUGGAGAAACCAGUAAUGAUCUACAAAAAACUUUAUGGCGUCAUGUAGGUCGACUUAUUAGUCCGGUGGUUAAUAAUGGUCACAGUGAUCGUGGACGUUCUUCUACAGUAAAACCACUUUCCAACGACUCUUCAUCUCUUACCCAUCGUCAUCACCACCAUCAUGAUAGACGUAAAACGCGAAGACAUUCCUCUAACUCAAUCUCUUCACAUUCACGGUCCUCUUCUCCAAUAGGGCAUCAUCAUUCAUCUCGGUCUAAAAAUAAUUAUAAAAAUUCCCAUCUAUCUGAAUAUCACAGUCAUAGAAAAUCUAAAAGAAAUAAGCAUUAUAGUAGUGGUAGCAGGAGAUCUUCUUUGAAUCGUUCACCUUCAACAUCAUCAGUUCAUAAGAAGCACAAAAAACAUAUGAAAGAAAAAUCUCACAAGAGAAUGAAGAGAGUCAAGUAA